AGAAGAAAACACGGGACACACUUCCAAGCUCUCUCUCUCUCUCUCUCUCUCUCUCUCCUAUGGCCACCGCUUUGUCAUUCGGUUCCGCCACUCCCACCCUGCACCGGCACCACCAGCAGCAGCACCGCCGCCUCAUUUUCCGGCCAAAUCGCCACAGCAGAGUCUACAAAUUCCGAUGCAGAGGAGAUAAUCUAACAAGCAAUUCAUCCACAAAGCCAGAAAAUGAACAGUCUGAGCCCAAAAAUGUGUUGCUGAAGAUGGCUUGGUAUGGCUCUGAGCUCCUCGGAAUCGCCGCUUCUUUCGUCCGAUCGCCACCGUCGAAUGUUGAAGGUAGUUCCGGUGGUGUUGUCGAGCUCGCCGUAGAUGGAUUGGGCACACUUGAUCGAAACGUAGUUGUAGACACCAUUAAAGAGGACUUCCAGAGGUCUUAUUUCGUUACAGGAAACCUGACACUAAAUGCGUAUGAGGAAGACUGUGAAUUUGCCGAUCCAGCGGGUUCCUUCAGGGGGCUUCGACGUUUCAAGAGGAACUGUACUAAUUUUGGCUCUCUCAUUGAGAAGUCAAACAUGAAACUCAUGAAGUGGGAGGAUUUUGAGGAUAAGGGAAUCGGACACUGGCGUUUUAGUUGUGUAUUGUCCUUUCCAUGGAAGCCUAUUCUCUCAGCUACUGGAUACACAGAGUAUUAUUUCGACGAGCAUUCUGGAAAAGUAUGCAGGCAUGUGGAGCACUGGAAUGUCCCUAAAAUUGCCCUAUUUAAACAAAUUCUGAGGCCUAGCAAAGAUUGGUGGCGCAAGAGAACAGAUGGUUGAAGAGUACAAAGUGCGUAUCACUGACGGCUUUGCAUAGAUUUAUUUGGUUAUUACCUCCCCAAAAAAAGGAUAUCAUACCAUGAAUUUUGGGGGUGGGGUGGGGUUGGUUUCGUAUUAUAAUGAGGUUGUCUUGGAACAUGUAAAGCUUUGUGACAUUUUCUUUGGACACCACCUGUUGAUCUCCCACAUGUAAAUGAUGAUUACAAGGUUGAAUCAUAGGUAGCAGCAACUAUAUGCAAACAGAUGUGUGUGUGAUGAAUUGAUACAGAAAUUUUGAUGUUCCAGUUUGCCACUGGAUUGACACUAUAUUCUUAUAUAAUGUAUAUCAAGCACGUGAUGAAAAUUGUUGCUUCAUUUUUUAGAGAAGAGUGUAAUUUUUGCCUCUAUUUGA